AUUUUACCUACCUGGCUCUAUUCUCUAUGCCUGCUUUUCUGUCUCAUUGGUUUCCGUCACCAGAGAAGCACUCUCAAUAGGAGAUAGAAGUAUAGAUGACGAAACUUUCUUUCACCACUUGCCUUUAGUUUUCUCUUUCCUCCAUCUCUCUCCCUGCUCUCCUUCUUCCCCUGGCAGGCUGGCACUUGAAGGUGGGAGAUAAAAAACUCCUCUUGAUAGCUCUCUUACUCACCCCCAGCUUCAAAUCGAGAAUCAGAGAGGAUGCCCAGACGACAGAGAGUGAAGGGUUGGCCAUAUUCGUCACUUUCAGAAGGUCGACUUGUGUGGCCAGGUGGAGGAUGUGGCCUGUGGGAGAACAGUACAAUGUCGAUCAACUUGGUGUGCCAAAGUUACAUCUCCAAUCCUCUGUGUUUUACAUCAGCCACUGCAUCAACAAAAACAGCAUAUCUAUUCUAAGCAGAGAAAGGCUUAAGUUGCUGUUUGAACUAAUGAACUACAACGAUGAUUGUGGCCGUUUGGAAUUCCGACUGUCUAUUUCUCUCUUUCAUUUGUUGUUCGCCCAGAUCUGCAGGUUUAGACUUGCCUGACUGACGCAUGAUCAUCUCCGAGAUUGUCUCCGGCAGAAACGGUGACCAGAUCAGAUCAGACAUCGAUGAAUGUUAUUCUCUCUCCUUGAUGGUUCCAUUUAUUUAUUGUCUUCGCCUCUCUCUGUCCCAUUGCCAUUUAUGUAUACAAGUUUCUCAUUUUGAUCCAU